CUUUAAAUGAUAAAGUCUAUCACUUUCGGAUAUUUACCUCGCCUGAUGAGGGAAUGUUUUAUCUUCAUGAGAAUAAGAAGUUUCCGACCAUUAAUGAUCUCUUGGGAUUCUACAAGACAAAUUGGAAGACCCUUGGGUUUUUGUUAACAAAACCUUGUGCAAAGCAGACUGUUUAUAAAGCUGAUCAGUGGGAAACGCCAAGGGAAGAAUUUACUUUGUUGCGAAAACUGGGAGAAGGUCAUUUUGCAGAAGUCUGGGAAGGUGUUUGGAAGGAUAAUCAACAUGUGGCAAUCAAAAUGAUUAAAAAAGAUGAUAUGAUCGAGGAUGAGUUUAUUAAAGAAGUACAAGUUAUGAAGAAUUUCAGCCAUCCGAAGAUAAUCCAGCUACUUGCUAUUUGUUCAGUUGAGGAACCUGUAUACAUUGUGACAGAACUCCUGACUAAAGGAAACCUCCGGGAAUACUUACGUG